CUGUGAUUGGUCCUUGCUUAGGUAAAAAGGAGAGCCCGGGUUGCUGCGUGGGGGCUUGGGGAACGUCAUGGCGUCGCUCAACAGUAAAACCGCGGUUUGCGUGGUCUGUUUGGAGAAGCCGAAAUACCGCUGCCCGGCUUGCCGCGUGCCCUACUGCUCGGUCGUUUGUUUCCAGAAACACAAAGAGCAGUGCAGUCCGGAAACCUGUCCUGUUGAGAACAGAAGAACGGUGGCUCCUGUGACAACAAGGUCGGAGGAAGACAAAGACGAUGACUCCUCUGUGGCUGAUUUCCUCAACAGUGAUGAGGAAGAAGACAGGGUGUCUCUGCAGAAGUUAAGGAAUUUAGGUGAAUCUGCAGCUUUAAGAAGCUUACUGCUCAACCCACACCUGAGACAGCUGAUGGUUAACCUCGAUCAGGGCGACAACAAAGCAAAACUGAUGAAAGCCUGCAUGCAGGAGCCCUUAUUUGUGGAGUUUGCAGACUGCUGUUUAAAAAUCGUGGAGCCACCCCAGAAGAACAGGAAUUCUUAAACCUGGGUGUGCUCUUCGCUCAAGCUGCCCACUGCUUCUCUUAGGAGGAGGUUGUUUCCAAGGCUGUAGGACAUGUAGGUCUUCUUCAGACAGGUCGGGGAUACUCAAGGUGCAGGUCCUUUAUGAAGAGGAAACUUGCAGCUGGAUGGACGGCUCAGCUCUUCCAGAGGACGAAUCUUCAGCAUGACUGCCAACAGUUGUAAUUAUAGUUCCGGGGCUCUGACACCCUCUCCUGGCUUCUGAAGGUACUGUAAGCAUCAUACACAGCCGUACAUGCAGGCAAAACUCAAACAUACAUUUUUUUAAAAAAAGGGAAAAGUCUAUUUAUAUUUACAUGGUGGUUUUAAAUUUAUUUCUGGUACAGUUCAGAGUUACACCAUAAAUACCAGGUUUAUCCAGGUUUAGGUUUUGAAUUAAAAACUGAUUGAUAGUGUUACUGAAUAAAUUUAAGAUGUGGUUCUGUGUACAUUGCAUUGCUCA